CGGUUUUUUUACUUAAAUUAUACUUAUUAUCGUUAACAGUUUUUGCAUUUUGUUCUCGUGACCGGCGUUUCUUUUUGUUUUGGCUCUUACCUUUUCCACACAUUGUUACCAGUUUGUUCUUAGCUCUCUCAAUUUGACGGACAUAAUCGAGUAAUUUUUUAACCGUCCGUCGAUUACGUGAAAUGACCGACAGUCAGACGAAAUCAAGCUUUGGAACGGCGCUGUUGAAUCUGCACAGCGGUUACACGGAUUCGCUGCCCGGGAGAGAGAAGCAUAUAGAUUGUUUAAAAUCGUUCCUGAAAAAACACAUCAAAGAUCACCACUCGGUUUCUAUGUACAUAUCCGGACCUCCGGGUACUGGUAAGACGGUGUCACUUCACUCAUUGUUUGCCAGCGAUUUGGUCACUGACAACUUCACCCUAGUAUAUGUGAACUGUAGUAUGAUCAAAUCUGCAAACCGUGUGUAUGCCAAAAUCGCUGAGAUGUUAAAAAUCGGAUCUGGCACGCAAAGGGAAUGCAUUUUGACCAUUGAGCAGUACUUGAAAACUAAACACAAAUCUAUUCUCAUGGUACUCGAUGAAAUCGAUCAAUUGUCAUCCAAAAAUCAAUCUAUAUUGUAUCAAAUAUUUGAGUGGCCUAUUAUUCCUCAAUCAAAUAUAGUUGUCAUAGGUAUAGCCAACUCUUUAGAUCUUACUGAUCGAUUGUUGCCGAUGUUAAAGACGAAGGUUUCUUUACAACCAGAACUUCUAAAUUUUCCACCUUAUACGAAAACAGAGUUGGCUAAUAUUAUAUCUCAUAGAUUAAAAAAUGCUGGGGUUGCGGAAAUAUUUCCCGCCAAUGCAAUUCAACUUUUAUCUGCAAAAAUUGCUUCCAUCCGAGGUGAUAUACGUUAUGCAUUGGAUGUUACCAGAAGAGUUAUUGAGUUGGCAGAUGAUAAAAUUGACAAAAAAAUUGAAUUAAAUGAUGUGAUAGCUGUGUUGAAUAAUGUGUAUUCCACUUCUGGUGCACUUGAUAAUGAUGACGAAAAUUCCGAAAAAUUACCAUUACAGCAAGAAUUUGUGGUGUGCGCAUUGUUAUUGUUAUUAUCUUCUGGUAAAAAAAAUCAAGUAAUUACCAUAGGAAAAGUAUUCAAUGUAUUUACAACUAUUUGUAAAAAACGCAACGUUCAAGUAAGGGAUCUAAGUGAAUUCAUAACCAUGUGUUCAUUAUUAGAAACGAGAGGUGUAAUCAAGAUUCUAGGACAGAAUAUAAAUAGAUUAUCUAAAGUAUUGUUACUUUGGGAUAAAAAUGAAGUUGAUGAUGUACUACACGACAAACAGCUUUUGGUGGAUGUAUUAAAUGAUAAAUCUCUAUUAAUACAAUGAUAUUUUUCCUAAAUCAAAAUGCAUGGGUUUUUUCUUUUCACUAUCUUUCAACAUUUGUAGCAAAUAUUUUCACUAUUUUUUACGUUUAUAACUAAGCAUUACUUAUAGAAAAUUCAUUAUUUUGUAUGAUAAUUUUAAUUAAUAUAUGUUUAGGAAAUUUUAUUUUAUACUAUGAUUGUUUACUUUCAUAAAUGUCUUAGAAUAAUUGUAUAUUUUAAAAUAAAAUCUUGUUUAUUUUUA